AUGUUGUCUCACUCAUCCUGCAUGCUCAUAGCAGUAGCUGCUUUGCUAGUGACUUGCCAUGCGCUGUGUAAAUGUCCAGGAAUUCCUGGGCUACCUGAUAUCCCUGAACUGCCUGGAAGAGAAGGUCUGAAAGGACAGCCACGUUUACCGGGUCUCAUAGGACUCUGUAGAAACCUGAUGGGGCCUCCUGGAAGAGAUGGUCUUCCUUGGGUGCAAGGUCUACCUUAUUCUUUGGACACUAAACUCCAUGAUGUUUUAGUAAAUCUGAAACACCGACUCUCCAGACUUGAAGGCGUGCUUGCUUUGGAUGGGAAGAUAAGAGAAGUAGGAGGGAAAAUACUGGCCAGCAACGGGAAGGAAGUUGAUUUUGCAUCUGCACUACAAUCCUGUGAAGAGGCUGGAGGAACUCUUGCAACUCCCACAAACGAGGAGGAGAAUAAAGCUGUUUUGGGUAUUGUGAAACAGUAUAACCGAUAUGCUUACUUGGGCAUUAUAGAGGGUGAGACUUCAGGUCAAUUCAAUUACAUAAAUGGCACACCUCUGAAUUAUACCAAGUGGCACCAACAUGAGCCUAAUGGCAAAGGGACAGAAAAAUGUGUAGAGAUGUACACUGAUGGGAGCUGGAAUGACAAAAAAUGCAACCUGUAUCGCCUCACAAUCUGUGAAUUUUAA